UUUGGCCCAGUCGGGAUGACGUCAGGGGCUCCCCGGCGAGUCGGGCCGAGGAUGGCGGCGGCGGCGCGCGGCGUCGGGCGACCGUUGGUGGCGGCGGCGGCGGCGCGCGGCGUCGGGCGACCGUUGGUGGCGGCGCGCGGCGUCGGGGGACCGUUGGUGGCUGCGCGCGGCGGCGGGCGCGCGGCCCUGAGCUCGGCGGCGGCGGCUGGAGAGUUGGUCACCGCCACCGCCUGCUACCCGCCGCUGCUGCCAUCCAGCACCGCCAAGAGCAAGGCGGCUAAGCGGCGGCGGGAGGAGGAGUUCUACCAGCGGGUCCUCGCCAGCCCCUCCGCGGCCGACAAGAUCCGGCUGCUGACCAAGCUGCAGCGGCUCAAGUACGUGAUCCACCCGCAGACGGUGGGUGUGGCGGCCGACCGCUGGUUCCAGCACUUCACUAAGACCGCCUUCGUGCCGGGGCUGCCAGCCAGCCUGCCGCCGGGCCCGGACCCCGGCCCCGGCCUAACCGAGCUGAAAUCGGUGGUAUGCGAGGCGCUGCUGCAGGAGCAGUUCUACCUGAAGAAGCGGCGGCCCUUCCUGUACCGCGAACGGGAGCAGACGGUGCUGCCUCUCAUCGGCAACCUGGUGCCGCGGCUCGUCAGCUCCCUGGCCGGCCGCAACCCGCUGCUCGGCCGCUCCACCCUAGAUCGUGAACCACAAGUUGGUUUCUACUGGUCUCGAGGUGAACAAACUGUUCCCCGAGGGCACCGGAAAGGACGGGUCGACCCUAUUCGUUUCCAGAUUGAAGACAAACCUUGCUGCCAAAUUCGGGUUCCUCAACAGCUCCCUGAGUUUGUGCCCUUAGAAAAUUCAAUCCCUGAAAAUGUUCCUGUUAUUCAUCUGGAACCAAGCCGAUUUCCGUUGUUUCAAAGGCAGUAUGAGAACAACAUUUUCAUAGGUUCAAAGAUUGAUGAUCAUGCCUGCUAUGGGCAUACCCAGUUUCACUUUGCUUCUGAAAAACUGAGAAGAGAAAAACUUGUAAAGGACAACCUGGCUGAUCAGAUUGAAGUGCGUUUGCGAGCCAAUGGCAUUGGAAGUCUGUUUGCUUGGACUGGAGCACAGGCAGCCUAUCAAGGAUUCUGGAGUGAGGCAGAUGUGACCCGACCAUUUGUCUCUCAAGCUGUAAUUACAGAUGGAAUUUAUUUCUCCUUCUUUUGCUAUCAGUUGAACACUUUAGCUCUGACUGUUCGGGCAGAUCAGCAUAAUCUCCGAAAGAACAUUUGCUGGGGGACAGAGAGUAUGUGUCUGUAUGAGACUAUUGAGGGAGGAGAUGUGAAGGGGUUCAAUGAUGAGGUUCUGGACCUGCUUGUUCGGUUUUUGCUUAAUAGACCAGAAGCGGUAGAAACUAAGAUUAGCUGAAUGUAAAACCUCUUGUAACUUUGAAAUUAAUUUAAAAUGUGUAUUAUAGAUUUGAAUGAACAGCAUCACAAUCACGAUUUCAAAAACUGUACGUGUGUUUGUAAACUGUCUGAAAUAAAUGUUUCAAAACAA